AAGUACACAUCUAUAAAUAGACCUCAUAGGUAUAAUAUUUGACAUAAUAUUAUGACCUUUUUAAUUUUCCGUGGUAACUACAGUAAGUGUUACUUCCUGACUGAUGACAUUGUACACAAUAAUGCUCAUUAAAAUAAAUUAAUUGUUCCUAUUAAAUAAAUUAAUGCGUGCGAUGUUCAGAGGGACAACCCUAUUUGGAUCGCACUUUCAUCCAGGACUCGACACUGCCAUCACGAAAUAAAAAUACUUUUAUAUUUUUUUAUUUAUUUUUUCGGUUGCUCGUUUUAAAUAAUGUGUUGUUCGAUAUUUUAAGCUUAGAAUUCGAUUUAAAAAUAAUAUAAAAUGAAGUGGUUAUUUUAUGUGAUUGUUUUAGUGUAUAUGUUCUAUAGAUCAGUUUAUGGAUUAAAACCGGUUGAAAACGGUUUGAUCUUGGACCCGGUGACGUACGGUGACGAUGAUUUUCUCAAAGUUGGGGCGCAUAAGAGCAUUAGUUGUAAAGCAACGAACAGAAAUCAAAAGGUAGAAUGGAUAGACCCAAACGGUAAAUACGUGAAGCAUCUCCCGACAAACCGCGUGUUCUCACAGGAGCACUUCGUGGCAGCCAUGAGGGGCAGAGCCCCAGCCCUGGUACUCACCAUCACGAAUGCUGUGGUCAAGGAUACUGGGGUAUACAGGUGUAGGUCCGGGAAUCUCGAGAAGAAUGUAUCGUUGUGUGUUGUAGAUCCGUCGGACUUUGUAGACACUCAACCUGAAGUGUCGGCUGACCUCGGUCGCUCAAUCACUUUGUCCUGUCAAGCUAAAGGCGACCCUGAACCACGGCUGUUGUGGAGCAGGAACGGAGAAACUAUUACCGAUGACGAGACUCCGGCUAAAUACAGGCUGAUGACGAAAUACAAUAUUCAGGGUUUCGAAGGUCUUUUAACUAUAACAUCGUUGGAACCCGAAGACAGUGGGAUUUACUCCUGUGUCAGCAUCCAAGAACACCCUCAAGCUGAAGACUGCAGUCAUACGAAAAUAUUUAACAUUACUCUUAAUGUAAACUACCCUCCCAUAUUUGAAGAUGGAAAUGAUACGAAGUUAGUUUACGCAAAAGAAAACCAGCUAGUCGACAUAAUUUGUUCAGCGGCAGGCUUCCCUACGCCUACCUACAGGUGGUUUAAAGACAUUGGAGACGAGGUCCUAUAUGAAUUUGAUAAGAAACAGAUCAAAUUGCUCGAAGAUGACACUCAGGCAGUUUUGUCGAUCAAGGCAAAUCAAUCCACGUUUGGACAGAGGUUUAAAUGUCAAGCAAGCAACGACCACGGAGCCUCGGACAAAUACUUCGUCUUAUUAAAAAUUGAAACACCUGUUAGCCCUAAGGAUGUGAGCUUAUCUGACUCCUCCUACGAUUCGGUACAAUUGCAAGUAACGUGGUAUGGAGAAAUACAGUUCCCAAUAAGUGCCUUCAUCGUCGAAUACUUAAAAGUGUCGGGUGAUGCUACCAGAAAAACGAUAGCACCUAAGGAAGCAGCUUUUAAAAGAAGUGAUGAAGCUAUAAUAACAAAAUUCGAAGACGCCGAAGAUUCAGGAUUCAUCUUUGAGCUCGAAGGCUUAGACGAAGAUUCCACUUAUUGGGUACGGGUUAAAGUUCAAAAUGAUGCUGGCGAGUCUCUCUGGUCUACACCAGCUAAAGUUUCCACUACAGUCCAAAGUGUGGAUGACAGUGAAGAGACCACAACCGUUGAAACCCCUGACGCAGAACCUGAGACGGCUGGUGAUGAAGAACCCAUGAGUGAUGGUGCAUUCUACGGGAUUUUCUUCGCUGUUGGCAUUUUUGUUGUGUCUUUCGUCUGUAUGUUUGCAAUGAGAAUGGUUAAAUAAGACGGAACUUGGAUUAAUUUAUUUCUAAUGUUAUUAUGAAAUUGGAUAGUAAUUAGUAUUAUCGAGCGUGUUUUGUUUUCAAAGUUCAUUUAUUUUGGUAAAUAAAUAACUAGUUCGUCCGAUGUAUGUUUUUCAAACAGAAAUAAAAGUGCGUGUAUUUAUAAACCAUUUUAUUAGAGGCAGAAACACCAGUGUAAUUAACAUAACAAUUAGUGUAUAUGAAACCAUUAGCCGACAACAUUAUGUAUGUACACAGUAGAAAUUACCAGAAACGUGUACAAGUGUUACAAACGGCAAUAAACAUUUUAUAAAACAA